AUGGCUCUUCCUCACUGCCACCAAGAUCGAAAAGACCCCCGACACUUCUCACCCGAACUACCUCACCACACCAACCACCAACCCGCCAUCGAGUACCGCCGCCAUCCCCGACUUUGGCAGAGGCUCCUCGCCGGCUCUUCCUUCGUCGCCGCCGUAACCCUCUUUCUCCUCACCCUGCCCAACCAAACCCACGGCCAAAGCCAAACCCACAACACCCGCUCCUCCCUCUCCGAACCACCCCCCCUCACCUUCUCCCCCAGGGGUACCUCCAACACCUUCCAAAUCUCCAUCUUCGAAGACCUCCACUUCGGCGAAAACGCCUGGGAAGAAUGGGCCCUCUCCAAGACGCUUCCACCAUCCGGCGUGCUGGACUCUGAACCGCACACAGAUCUCGUCGUGCUUAAUGGGGAUUUGAUCUCGGGCGACAACACCUUUCUCGAAAACAGCACAGUAUAUCUGGACCAGAUCGUGGAACCGAUGGUGCGAAGGGGGUUGACGUGGGCGAGUACCGAUUAUAAUAUCUCGAGGGAGGGGUUGUUUGAGCAAGAAAAAAAGUGGUUGAGUUCGAGAACAAGAAGAAUGGUUAAUGACAAAGAGGUGGGGGUGACGAAUUAUUAUUUACCUGUUUAUCCCGCCGAGUGCCGGACCGGGAAACAGACAGAGGGGGGGAGGUCGUGGUAUCAGUGGGCGUCGUCGAGCACCCUACUAUCUCUAAACCUCCUCAACCAAAACCAAAACCAAAACCAAAACCAAAACCAGCAGACGACAGCCAGCGACUGCGAUACCACAACCCCGUCCCUAAUCCUCUGGUUCUUCGACAGCAGAGGCGGAAACAAAUACCAACAACAACAACAACAACAACAACAACAACAACGGGACUCCUCCACAACAACCAACCAAUUUCAACCUCUCCCCGAGCCCAACUGGGUCCACCAAUCCGUGGUAGACUGGUUCAAAUCCACCAGUGCUUCCAUCAGUGCCAAAGCCGGUCGACCCAUCCCAUCUCUAGCCUUCGUCCACAUCCCGCCUAACGCUUUCUUGGCUCUCCAACAAGGACAACAAGGACAACAAGGACAACAAGGACAACAAGGACAACAAGGACAGCAAGGAGGUGUAGAUGCACAUCGCCAACCGGGGAUUAAUGACGACCAGCCUCUUUCGCAGCAAGGGCAAGGGUGGUGUCCUGAUGGCGGCGAGGGUGAGGGCUGUGAUUAUGGUGAGCAAGACGUCCCCUUUAUGGAAGCCAUUGCUUCUACUCCCGGGAUGAUGGCACUUUGUUCGGGGCAUGAUCAUGGAAAUACUUGGUGUUAUAAGUGGGAUGGAGAAGAAGUUCCUGGUGUUGUUCGGCAGAAGGCUGUCACUGUCACUGGGGACGAAGGAGAAGGAGAAGGGGAAGAAGGAAACGGACAUGGACAUGGACGUGGACGUGGACAACGUGGAGUAGACCUCUGCUUUGGCCAGCACACUGGCUAUGGAGGCUAUGGUAGCUGGAUUCGCGGCUCUCGUCAGAUCGUUGUCGACCAAGAAGGUCUCGAGGAGUUUGCUAUCAGGACUCAUGUUCGACUGGAGAAUGGUGAGGUGGUCGGGGCUGUGACGCUGAAUGCGACGUAUGGACAGGAUAGCUAUCCGGUCACGACGAACGAAAAGACGCAUUUGUUGGAUCCGGCGCUGGAGGACUUUUAGGGGGUGUUUGUUCUUCUGUCUUGAUGAUUUAGUGCUUUAUUGAAAACGAGCGACGAUGAUAGAAUAUCAAAUUGGAUUCUACUUCGCAGACUGCCCAGUUCCAGAUCUCACUCAGCCUUGCU